CGGUGCGGGUAAAGCAGUGCUGAGAUCCGGAGAACACGGUGCGGGUAAAGCAGUGCUGAGAUCCGGAGAACACGGUGCGGGUAAAGCAGUGCUGAGAUCUGGAGCAGGACCGCGGGUAUACCUGCAGCAGCUUUAUCAGAGUAUCAGUGUGUCGUUCCUGGCGUGUGGAGUGUAAACAUCAUGCGGCGUGACACGUCCUCUCACAGGCGGAAGCAGGUGUCCCCAAAACGCAGGACUCCUGCACGCACACGCAAAGACAGUGGACCUUCAGAGGCGUCUCCGAGGAAGAGGAGGAGGUUCAGGCCUGGUACGAGAGCUCUGAUGGAGAUCCGAAAGUAUCAGAAGUCCACAGACCUGCUUCUGCGCAAAUUACCGUUUUCACGCCUGGUGAGGGAGGUGUGUCAGGUCUUCAGCAGAGAGAACAUGAUGUGGCAGGCCUAUGCUCUUUUAGCCCUGCAGGAGGCUGCCGAGGCGUUCCUGGUCCGUCUCUUCACUGAUGCUAACCUGUGUGCGAUUCACGCUAAGCGUGUGACUCUGUACCCCAAAGACAUCCAGCUGGCUCGACGAAUCAGAGGAGUGGAUAACAUGUGACCUGUGACCUGUGACCUGAUCUACUUCCUGUUUCUCCUCUGUUUAAGUAAAGUUCAGAGAGAGA